UGGGAAGCUGGAGGAAGGAGCAUGUGCGGAAGCCCUUAAGCGUGCUAGGUGAAGGUGCGGCUCCCGGGCUAUGGCGGAGGAGCAGGGCCAAGAUGAGGACCUGGGUCCUAAACCGUCCGUGUUGUUUCUGCACCCGGACCUGGGUGUGGGCGGCGCCGAGCGGCUGGUUGUGGACGCAGCACUGGCGCUGCGGGCGCGCAGAUGUAGCGUGAAGAUCUGGACGGCGCACUACGACCCCGGCCACUGCUUCGCGGAGAGCCGCGAGCUGCCGGUGCGCUGCGCCGGGGACUGGCUGCCUCGCAGCCUGGGUUGGGGCGGCCGCGGCGCCGCGAUCUGCGCCUACGUGCGCAUGAUCUUCCUGGCUCUGUACGUGCUGUUCCUUGGCGACGAGGAGUUCGACGUGGUAGUGUGCGACCAGGUGUCUGCCUGUAUCCCAGUGUUCAAGCUGGCCAGACGGCGUAAGAAAAUCCUGUUUUACUGUCACUUCCCAGAUCUGCUUCUCACCAGGAGAGAUUCUUUUAUUAAACGCCUAUACAGGGCCCCAAUUGACUGGGUAGAGGAAUACACCACAGGCAUGGCAGACUGCAUCUUGGUCAACAGCCGGUUCACAGCUGCCAUUUUUAAGGAAACGUUCAAGUCCCUGUCUCACAUAGACCCCGAUGUCCUCUACCCAUCUCUGAAUAUCACCAGCUUUGAUUCAGCUGUUCUUGAAAAGCUUGAUGACAUAGUCCCCAAGGGGAAAAAAUUCAUACUCCUCUCCAUCAACAGGUAUGAAAGGAAGAAAAAUCUGACUUUGGCACUAGAAGCCCUAGUAAAGCUGCGUGGAAGAUUGUCAUCCCAAGAUUGGGACAAAGUUCAUCUGAUCAUUGCAGGUGGUUAUGAUGAGAGAGUCCUGGAAAAUGUACAACACUACCAGGAAUUGAAGAAAAUGGUCCAGGAGUCUGACCUAGGCCAGUACGUGACUUUCCUUCGGUCUUGCUCAGACAAACAGAAAAUCUCACUCCUCCACGGCUGCACGUGUGUGCUUUACACACCAAGCAAUGAGCACUUUGGCAUCGUUCCCUUGGAGGCCAUGUACAUGCAGUGCCCAGUCAUUGCUGUUAAUUCAGGUGGGCCCUUGGAGUCCAUUGUCCACAGCGUCACAGGGUUUCUGUGUGAGCCUGACCCAGUUGACUUCUCAGAAGCAAUAGAAAGGUUCAUCCAUGAACCUUCCUUAAAGGCCGCAAUGGGACUGGCCGGAAGAGCCAGGGUGAAAGAGAAGUUUUCCCCUGAAGCAUUUACAGAACAGCUUUACCAGUAUGUCACCAAACUGCUGGUAUAAUCAGACUUUUUUCAGGUCUUUAUGCUGUAUUCAUUAACAUCACAUUUGUAGAUUGUUGACCCAGUUUUGAAACCAAAGGAAAAAAGCCUAGUAUCUAGGGCAGAAGAGAUUUUUUUUUUAACAUACUUGAAUCUUGAAUCUGAAUCACCUUCCUGUACCCCAUAUCUCCCAGUCUGCUUUUUUAGAAAAAAAUAGUAUCUUUUAGGCUGUAAUAAUUCUGAGUCUUACCAGUGUUGAUUAAGAUGUAAAUAUGGUACAAUUUCACAUUCAGCAGAAUAUUUUGAUUACAUGUUCUCUAGAUUGUUGCUCUACGUAUAAAUUUUGAGUUAUUUUGUGCCUUAUUUGGUUUUAACACUUUAAGUGUAUCAUCAUCAAAGUUGAUUAAUUUGGCUUCAUGGUGUAAUGAGAAGACACUUAACUGUAGUUUCCAGAAUCAGUCCACCUCAGUGUUCAGUGACCUCUGUUAGGAAAUUUUUGUUAGUCAUACCUUUGCCUGGAUCCAUAGCAAGAAUGCCUUGUAUUUUUUUUUUUAACAAAGAUGAUUUGUUGUGUUUUUGCACACAGACAUGACAAUAAAUGAUGUUUAUCAUAGGAGGAGACAAAAUACUAGAUUUUGGCCUCUGUGAUCUAUUGUGGUGGUGUUAGGACUGUAGACAGCCAAGCCUGAAUCAGAAACUAGAGUUAACUGGAUAUUGGAAUGAAUGGCUAUUGUCACGUGUGCAGUGUGCAUCUUGGUUAGGGUUUGUUUCCUAGUGUUAUCUGAGUCAUCGGCUUCAUUAAUAUUUGUGUUUUAUUAAGUAAGCGCCUGCUAAGUAUAAGACACAAGUGCUUUUUAUCCUUCAAGGCCUGCCUCAUGCCACUGCUGUGAAGCUUUCCUUGACCCUCUACCCAGCUCCCGAACUGGAAGUGACCUUCCCCUUCCACUUUCUCUGACCUUCUGGUGGCACUGACCAGUCUUAGAGUUCAUUAUUUACCUAUUGGUCUAAGUACAAAUAAACGUAAAGCACUUUCCCACAUAUCCUUAAAGCUAAAUUCAUUUUCAGAAAUAGCAAAGAUCACUAGCCAAAAGUUCCACAUUAAUCAACUCUAAGAGCACAGACUUGAGAGCCUAACAGCCUGUGUGACUUUGCGCAAAUUGCUUAAUCUCUGGGCCUCAGCUUCUUCAUCUGUAAAGUGGAGUAACUACUCUUGUACUUUCCUCAUAGGGUGGGUGUGAUGGAUUACCAUAAUAUAUGUAAAGUACUUAAAAUAGUGGUUGGCACAUAGUAUGGGCUAUAUAAAUACUAGCUAUUUUGCAAUUUAGGGUUAUCAAAAAUCACUAUCGAAGUUCCGUGUGGUUUCAUGCUGCACUACUGUAUUGUCCUUUGGGGUUCUUUAGAGCAUGAAGUUUCAGGUUGUGAUUUAUCACGUCAAUCUAUACCACAGGAGUAUUUUAUUUUGUUUUAUUAAUGUUUAAAUCACUACCAAAUUUAAUGUUGUCAGACUUAGUAUUCAUUAACAUUUCAUUACAUUUGGAAAGAUUGGUUUAUCGCAGGAGCAUUUUAGUGAAAUGAAAUGACUGUACCAGUAAGGAGUUCGCUAAAAUGAGAGUGUCAGGUUUAUUGAGUCUUUUAUGGAAUGAAAAGUUCAGUUGAGUUCUCUUUCCUUUGGCGUUGUGAAAGCUUGCCAUCCAGUAAAGUAGCUCAUCCCAUCUUUUGUGGCUUGGUGCAUGUAUUUCUCAGGGAACUGCAGCCUUUCCAGAAAGGCCUGAUGGCUCUGACCACUGGGUUUAGGACAGACAGACUCAGUCAUGCGCUGAGCCAUAACUGAUGCUUACCCAUUCCAAGCACUAAAACUUUUGCCUAUUUGACCAUUUUUAUGCAGAUCCUUCCAAAACGGGCUACCUGGGUUCAUGGGCCUUAAGUUUAACUUCCCUUCAUUGUCUGAAGUCCCAGCAGGUGACAGUAAGACCACAGAUCUGGAAAGGAUGCAAAGCCCUGCCUGAGCUUCCAGCCUCUGGUGCAUCUUGGACCUAGGAUGGAGCUUUGCCCAUAGGAGGUAUUCACUGCUUCCAGAACUAAGGUGAAGUUAGGGGAAAUAGAAGCAUGGAAGACUGAAGUGAACUGUCCAGGACCUUAACAGAGGUAAUUCUUCUGGCACUUAACUGUGGGCCAUGAGACACAUAUCAGACAACUCAUUUCAUCCUAACAGUUCUAUGAGGUGUCGGUACUCUUCCCAUUUGAGAUGAGUACGGUUAAGCAGUUGCCUGUGUCACACAGCCUGGAGGGAUGGGCAGUGUCUCAAGGCUUUGAUUCCAAAGUCCAACCACAUUACCGUUCUUCAGCCUGCCUCCGCCCUGACCAAGCUCCUUGUGUGUGUAUUCAGUCAAAAGUCCUCUACCCAACGGCAGGAACACCUGUUCAGGUCCUCAGGUUUAGACAGACUUUGUUAUUCAUUUUACCUUUUCAUCUUCAGAGCAGUCUUGUGAGGUGGGUAUGAUUGUCUCUCAUUUUAUACACAAAGAAGCUCAGAGAGAUGAAAGACUUGCUCAAGGGCACAAUUGAAAAGUGAGUGAACCAGGAUUCAACCCAUGGUUACCUGAUCCAUCCAGGAUGGCACAUACCAGAAUUUCUCAGCCAGCUCCCCUUGACAACCAUAAAUAUCACACGUCCUUCAAUACUUUAUGAAAUUCAACAUAAAUAUAGCAUUCUUUGAGUCAAAUCAAAGCUGGGGUACAGGACACUUUUCUGUCUUCAAAUUAGUGCUCUGACCCUAAAAGAGGUCCUGAUGUCCCACACCCACCCCAUUGCCCUAUCCCAACCCCGUGAGAAUUGCAGCUUGGAGGCCAUGCCACCUCCCCUCACUGUUGCAGACAUUGGGUCAUUCAAAGUCCUAGUGGAGUUAUCGGUCAUUUCCUUGCACAAAGCAGAAAUGCAAGCUGAUGUAACUCAAAAGGUUUUAAGAGUUGGGUGUUUGAAAAAAUCCACACCAGAAAAUACUUUCACAUCCCCACCCCCAUCCAAGGAUGGGUGAGCUGGAGACGGAAGCUUCUUUCCCAUGCACUUUCUUUCAAAGAGGUCACUGUUUUCCUCUGUCGGCUCGCUCACCUGUGCACAUGGAUGCAACCCCUGACCCUUCACUGCCUUCCAUGGAUCACCAGUUAGCUCAGAUUACACACACACACACACACACACGCACGCACGCGCGCACGAGAUGGAGGUGGGGCUGGAGGCAUGUACUUAGAAAAGACAUCCAUUCACUCAGCUGAUGGGGAGCAGUAUUGCAGUUCUUCCUGUUUAGAAAGGAUCUAAUGACUAAUGAUACUGAAGCCCUAUUUGGACAGCCUUUAGAGUUGGCAAAGCCCUUUCCAGGUUGUAUCAUUUGCCCUUCACAGCGUCAUUCCAGGCAAUUAUUGUAGCUCUGCUUACUGUUGAAAAGCUGAGGCUUACAGCCAGGAAGCCCUGGACCAAAUCAACAGUUCUUUCAGUUGUACUACAGAUGCCUCAUCAGUAAAUGCCUCACCACCUUCUAACGGGCCCAGUGUGCCAGUUUCUCUUUUACUGUCUUCUCCUUCCAUAAAGAAAAUGAGGCACCUGGACACUCCACUGCCCUACUCUCUGCCCAUCCCCCAUCCCUGUUCAUGACCAUCAGCCCUUCUCUGUCCACCUCUGCCAACAUCACUAACUCCUGUGACUUCCCUUCUUUGCAUUUCCAACUCCCAGAAUCAAGUAGACUCAGAGCUGACUAGGACCCCAGAGAUCACACAACCUAAUUUACUAUUACACAGAUGGGAAAACAGGCCCAAAAAGAGAAAGGGACCUGCCUGAGGUCACACAGAGGGACAAUUGCAGCCCUCCUCUAACUUCAUUCUGAAGCCCCUCACGCCACCUCUACUUUGUCCAAAACCCCUUAUAUCGUGCGACUUCCUUUGAACUUCUUACUGCUUCAUUCCUAACCUCAGUCCCCUGCAGCUCUGUCCCCAACAGCCUGUGAGGGUGCCACCACCCAGACACCAGUGCUCUCCUGCCUGCUAGCUGAGGGGUGGGGAGCUUUCUCAGUGACAACUGUCCUCUGAUUAAACAGCAACCCUUGGCAGUGGAGGAGAUAGGGAGAGAUUUUACCACGCUGCCUCCGAGCCAAGGGGCUGCUAGAGCCAGCACUGUGUCCUUGUCCAGCGGACUGGGGAUUGUGUGGAGCUCACAGUAAGGGUUAACUGGCCUUGUGACCCAGAAACAGGACCACAAGCAAAUGCUGAACUGUCUUGUAGGAAGCACUAUCACUAGGCUAGCCACUGAUGUCAUUUGAGACAAAUAUAGCCUAGAAGUCUCUCAGGGGUUGUGUGUAUGUAUGUGUGUGUAUAGGUAUGUGUGGGUGUCUGUGUGUGUUGGGGUUUUUGGGGGGAGGGCACAGGUGUAGCACAGGUGUGACUUACCUUUGUGACCUGCCACUCACCCAAGAAAUUUACAGGCAGAAUCAGAGCAGACUGCUAAGUUGAUGAAGUCAGAUUGGCCUUUGCUUUUCUGUGUUACUUAAACUAGUAUUUCAGGGUUCCAUAACUAUUGAGAAGGUGUCCUGAUGGUGACAAUUCUAAAGUCUAGGUUUCCUUAUCUAUAAAAUGGGUAUAAUCAGGUUCUAAGUAGCCCACCCCAUAGGGAGGUUGUGAAGAGAGUGAGUGAGAGGACUGAAUCAGUAUAUGAGUGAGACAGAGGAUGUGAAGCUGAUGUGUAAACUGUAGAGUGCCAUGAGCUUCUUAGGGAUGAAGGCCGUCUUUCACAGGUCAGGAUGAAUUGCCCCUGCCUGUUGGGAUCCCAGUAAGAGUAGCAUUGGAAGUCUGCCUUCACCAUAGAAAGUCACACCAUGGGGAGAUGGACAGAAUGUUUAAGCAACCCCAACAAGUAGUAUUUCCCUCUCAGUUUGUGGAUUGUGUAACUCAAUAUCAGGUUUCCCAGCAGUCAGGACAGUGUGGUACUGAAGUAAGGAUGCACAAAUAGAUCAGUCCAACAGAAUAGAGUUCUAAAAUAAAUCUGCACAUAUGUGGGCAGUUGAUUCUUGCCAAAGGUGCCGAGGUAAUUGAAUGGGGAAAAGAUAGUCUUUUCAAGAAAUGGCGCUAGAACAGUUGGGUAUCUGUAUGAAAAAAAAAAAAAAAAGAACCUCAGCCUUUACGUCACACUAUUUACAGAAAUGAACUUGAAGUGUAUCAUAGGCCUAAACGUAAAAGCUAGACUGCAGAAGUUAGAAAAGAAAAUGGAAGAACAUCUCCAUAAUCUCAGGGCUAGGCAAAGAUUUCUUUGAUAGGACACAAAAAGCACAAAGCAUAAAGGGGAAAAUUGAUAGGUUGAUUUCAUCAAAAUUAAAAACUGCUCUUCAAAGGACAGUGAUCUUUUUUAAAAAAAAUUAAAGAACAAGUAAGUCACAGCCUGGGAGAAAAUAUUUAAUAUAUCUGGUAAAGAUCUGCAUCCAGGAUAUGUAAAGAAGUCUUACAACUCAAUAGUAAGAGAACAAACAACCCACAUUUUUUAAUGGGCAGAGAUUUGAAUGGCCAUUUCACAGAAGCUAUACAAGUGGCCAAUAAGCCCAUGAUAAGAUGUUCAACGUCACUGGUCAUUAAAGAUAUGCAAAUUAAAACCACAAUGAGAUAUCAGUGCACACCCAUAAAAUGAACGACUCAGUAAAAAUGUUGGUGAGACUGUGGAACACCUGGAAUUCUCACACGUUGCUGAUAGGAAUGGAAAAUGGAGUAAACUCUUUGAAAAACAGUUUGAUAGUUUCUUACAAAAUUAAAUGUGACACUUACCACACGACCCAGCAAUUCCACUUCUAGAUAUUUUGCCUAAAAUAAGUGGAAACAUAUAUCUAAACAAAGACUUACUCAAAUAUUCAUACCAGCUUUUUCCAUUAAUAGUCAAAAACUGAAAAUCUAAGUGUCCAUCAACAGGUGAAUGGAUAAACAAAUUGUGGUACAUUCAUACGAUGGGAUACUUCUCAGCAAUAAAAAGGAAUGAAAUGCUGAUAAGCACAAUGAUGUGGAUGAAUCUCAAAAACAUGCUGAGUGAAAGAAGUCAGACACAAAAGAGUUCAUACUGUGUGAUUCCAUGGAUGUGAAACCUUAAGGAAAGAAAAAGCAAAGCUAAUCUAUAGUGACAGAAAGCUGAUCACUGUUUGCCUGUGGCCCAGGGAGAGAGAGAGAUUGCCUAGGAAAGGGCACAAAGGAACUUUUUGACAUGAUGGAAAUGUCCUAUAUCUUUAUUAUGGUGGUGGUUAUAAUGGUGUAUAAAUAUGUCAGAACUAAUCAAAUGUAUGCUUAAAAUGAAUGCAUGUUAUUUCAUGUAAAUUAUACCUCAUUAAGUUUUUUUUUAAAAAAGCACAAGUGAUGUAGUCCCAUUUUUAUAGAAAAGGUUUUCUAAAUGAAUAAAUGUGAGAAUAUUUAUAUAUAUAUAUAUAAUUAUAAAAGUUUCUAAUAGAAUAUACGCCAAGGUGAUAACAUUGGUUGUCCCCAGGUGGGUGUGAUUAAUCUGUAGGCAUUAAAUUUUUCUUUUGUUUGCUUGUAUUUUCUGAUACGCCAUAAGCUGAUUUUUCUCAUAAGAUAAAAAAAUUCAAACA